UGCUCUGCUGGACAACAAUAACAACUGGAUGCUUCAGUCGAUCAUCACCAUCGAUUUACUCCACAAACACACAUCUCUCCCGCCGCCAGCAUCCCCUGUGCGUCAUGCGCGUGCUCCUGGAGAGCAGCUGGAUGAGGUUCGGACCGGCCGGCCGAGGCUCCUACGACUGGGUGACGGGCUCACCUUCGACGCAGGAGAAGCAGGGCUACAACUGGAAUGGGUUGGACCUGGGAGAGGACAGAAAGUCUGAGCUGGUGGUCUACGUUGUCCUCCCGGUCGUCUCCGUCCUUCUGCUGGCUCUCCUGGUCGGUUUGAUCUACCGCCGGUGCUCCCGCAGCAAGCUGAGCCUGGCCGACAUCAUCACUCUGGACCUCCAGGACACGGAGAGCAGUGCAGAGUUUCUCUCCUCCCUGACCAGGAACGCAGAGCGCCACACCAGCACCAGCUCCGACGGAUCAGACGGGGUCUUCGUCAUGGUCUACCUGCCCCCACCCUACGAGGAAACGCUGACUAAGAUCACCCGUGCCGCCAGCCUCUCCAGCUCCAAAGACGUGGAGUCGAUAAAGAUAGAAGACCUGGAGGCCAAGCUGUGUCCCGAGCUCAAGUCCAGCGGCCGAUUUGUGUGAAAAGACAUUGUAACUCCAACAUCUGGUGUUUUUAUAACUUUGUUGUCUGUAAAUUAUACUUAUGUAAUUAUCAAUCAACUCUGCUGCAGCUAUCCAGAUCUUUUUAGUCUCUUUUAGCUCUUUUUAGUUUUGGUUUUGCAGUAAGCUCCACCGACACCCACAUCAGCCUCGUUUCCAGCAUUAACAAACCAACUAUACACCCCCUGCACAGCAGCAAACAGCUCACAUCAUGGAUCAUCUGGCAGCUAAAGAGCCAGACCUGACCCGAAGGAGACCGAGUGGACACCACCAGGACCGGUGAAGUUGCUCUGGAUGUGUGUGUUAGCUUGUGUUGGAGUUGUUCUGCCCUUUACUGUCCAAACAUCAAUAAAUAAAAACAGUUUUAAAGGAGUCACAUGUAGUGUUUUACCAUCAUUUAAUAAAGUUUUGAGACAUGAGUAACAUUACUGAAACGUUUGACCUCAUCAGCCGUGUUUGGUUUGAGUACAGCUGAGGCUGAUGGGAAAGUCUUAACAGUAUUGAAAAGAUAUCCAUUUUGGCCUCAUGGUGGUGCUAUAUGACAAGUCA